GGGAAAAUGAAUGAUUUUCCCAUGAGAAUUAUGGUAAUAUGGACAUGGUGGUUUGUGCAUCAUAGACAGUUUUCCAAGGAUAUGAAAAGUCAACAUGCAACUCUUCCUCCAACUUAGCUGUCAUAUCCCCUUGCAGAGACCGGCGUAAGACUCAUGAAUCCAAGAUAACGGAAUAGGUAGGCCCUGCAGCUUAUUCCUAAGGUAUCGUCAGAUGCAUAUAUGCCAUGAGAUGAACCAUUAUAUGAAUGAACAACAAUCAGCUUGACAUCCAAUUAAUUCCAAGAAACGCCAUACUAAAGCUUGCCACAACGGAUAGCCUCGAUUUUCACAACACGGGCUUUCGACAAUGGACCCUGAGAAUGACCCCGAGAAAGCUUCCGAGAAGACUUCCACACCUAUUACCACGACUUACGCUGAGGCGGAAGCUGAAUAUCUCGUAGCGUUCACCAUCCCUCAAGAUCCUACCAACCCAAAAUGCUGGCCGACCUACCAGAAAUGGUGCACUACGCUCGUCCUCUCAUCCACCGGCUUCAACCGAAUUGCUGUAUCCACGAUUAUGGCACCUGCACUUCCCAUGGUCGCAUCUGAGCUCCAUAUGACUUCCCUUGAGUCUGUUAUGGCCAUGUCCGUUUACCUACUUGCAACAGCCUUUGGUCCCUUACUUAUUGGUCCGCUAUCCGAAUUAUAUGGGCGACGCGUUGUGUUACAUACUACUAGUGUAUGGUUUCUGAUUUGGAAUAUUGUAUGUGGAUUUGCACACACAAAGGGAUUAUUGAUUGCUGCAAGAUUGAUGGCUGGUCUUGGUGCUAGUGCCAUUUAUGCGUUAGGAAGUGGAGUUCUAGGGGAUGUUUGGAGAUCCGAUGAGAGAGGAAGAUCGCUAGGGAUAUAUUCUUUACUACCACUGUUUGGUGCGGCUGCUGGUCCUAUUAUCGGAGGUUAUAUCACGGAAUAUACAACCUGGAGAUGGAUGUUUUGGUCAACAUCAAUUUUCCAGGCUAUAAUGAUCGUGAUAUCGAUCCCUUUGUUUAGAGAAACACAUGGUCCGACAAUUCUUCGGCAUAAAGCUAAAGAACUCAGACGUAGUACCGGGAAUUCGCGUUAUUACACCGAGGACGAGGCACUUGGAAAAGGAAGAUCAAUUUCUUGGGUAUUGAUGAGAAGUUUCUCUAGACCCAUUCGAUUACUCCUAUUCCAUCCGAUUAUUCAGGUCCAGGCUUGUCUUUCGGCUUUCGAUUAUGGCAUCACCUAUAUUACUCUUUCCACCUACUCUGAUAUCUGGACUUUAGAAUAUCACGAGUCUAUCUCCAAAAGCGGUCUUCACUAUCUUGCCAUGUGCCUCGGUGAAAUAGUUGGAGCGCAAAUUGGAGGGCCAUUAUUAGAUCUCGUCUUCCGCAGAAUGAAACAACGCGCAAAUGGUGUUGAGAUGCCGGAAUUUCGGGUCCCGAUCAUGAUACCAUCAUUCGUCCUCAUACCACUUGGACUUUUAGUUUAUGGGUGGGCAGCUCAAAAGCAUGCACCUUGGAUCGUUGUCGACCUUGGAGCUUUUGUGUUAUGUUUUGGUAUGCAAAUUGGCGGACAAGCAUUGCAAGCAUACGUUAUCGAUUCGUAUCCAGAUCAUACGGGUUCAGCAUCUGCUGCGUCACAAUUUCUGCGCAGCUUAACUGCUUUUGGGUUUCCUUUGUUUGCGCCGAAGAUGUAUCAAGUGUUGGGGCAUGGGUGGGGAAAUAGCACAUUAGCGUUUGUUGCUAUUGCCAUUGGUAUACCAGCGCCGUUGGGUAUAUGGUGGUACGGCCCAAGAUUAAGAGCGAAGGGUUUGUCGAGCUAUUAAGAAGUGAAUGAAGAAUGAUUACGACGCUUUAUGGAAAUGGAGAUAUGUGGGAAAUAACAAGACCA